AUGCCGGCGGCGAAGCGGCCGAGGCACGAGAACCCCGCGGCGUCCGUGAAGUUCAAGGGCGUGGUGCUGCAGCAGAACGGCCAUUGGGGAGCCCAGAUAUACGCCAACCACCAGCGGAUCUGGCUGGGGACUUUCCGGUCAGAGCGCGAGGCGGCGAUGGCGUACGACAGCGCCGCGAUCAAGCUUCGGAGCGGCGACUCCCACCGGAACUUCCCCCAAACCAGCCUCUCCCUGGAGGAGCAUAACUUCCAGGCCCUCUACACCACCGAAGCGGUGCUCGACAUGAUCAAGGACGGGUCCUACGACACGAAGUUGGCCGCCUUCAUCAGGUCCAAAUCGACCGCCGACGGCGAAGGCGACGGCAGCUGCGCGGAGCCGGAGAGUGUCGGCAGCGUGCGCGGCGGUGGCAGCGUCGUGUACCAGCAGCUAUUCCAGAAGGAGCUCACGCCAAGCGACGUGGGCAAGCUCAACCGGCUCGUCAUACCGAAGAAGCACGCGGUGAAGUACUUCCCGUCGGUCAUCGCCGCCGCCGGCGGCGGCCAGGAGGACGAAGGCGAGGAGGAUGAGGUGCAGCUGCUGUUCCUGGACAGCAACCUCAAGACAUGGAAGUUCAGGUACUGCUACUGGAAGAGCAGCCAGAGCUUCGUGUUCACCAGAGGGUGGAACAGGUUCGUGAAGGAGAAGGGGUUGAGAUCGAAGGACGUGGUUUGCUUCUACAAGUGUGGGCUCAAAGAGGGCUUCAGCGACGGGCAAGCAUUCUGCAUGAUAGAUGUGCGCCACCAUUCUCACGAAGGUGUUAAUCACAGUGGCAUUGAGAUCUUAGGGAGAAAGAUUCUACAGAAAGAAGAAGAUGAUGCAGAGGAAGAAGAAGAAGCAGGAGUGGGGGGAUUGGAAGAGGGAGAUCAAAAGGUGGUAGGUCCUGUUACACAAGAAGUAGAAAGAAAAGGAGUGAAGCUCUUUGGAGUCUUAAUAACAUGA